AUGAAGGGUAAGCAAAGCGGAAGGUUAGUGAUUCAUUGCUCUUCUGAAAUGGGUUCAACCUCAGACCCCAUGAAUUUAAGGCAGCCUCAAAUGUCAUCGGUGGCUCCCUAUGGGGUGACAAUGAAUGAGAAAUCUUAUAAAUGGCGAAGGGUUUUGCUUAAAGUAAGUGGAGAAGCACUUGCAGGAGACCAAAUGCAGAAUAUUGACCCAAAGGUUACAAUGGCGAUUGCAAGGGAGGUUGCAGCUGUGACGCGCCUUGGCAUUGAGGUUGCAAUUGUAGUUGGCGGGGGAAAUAUAUUCCGUGGAUCUUCAUGGGCAGGAAGCAGUGGUCUUGACCGGUCAUCUGCUGAUUACAUUGGGAUGCUCGCAACUGUCAUGAAUGCUAUUUUUCUUCAAGCAACAAUGGAGAGUAUUGGCAUCCCAACAAGGGUUCAGACUGCAUUUCGCAUGUCAGAGGUCGCAGAACCAUAUAUUCGUAGAAGGGCCGUAAGACAUUUGGAAAAAGGAAGGGUUGUAAUUUUCGCAGCUGGAACUGGGAAUCCUUUUUUCACCACAGAUACUGCUGCAGCCCUACGUUGUGCAGAAAUUAAUGCACAGGUUGUAUUGAAAGCUACAAAUGUUGAUGGAGUUUAUGAUGACAAUCCCAGGCAUAAUCCAAAUGCCUGUCUUCUUGAAAAUCUAACUUACCAUGAGGUGACCUCAAAAGAUCUUUCAGUGAUGGACAUGACUGCCAUUACUUUGUGCCAAGAAAAUAAUAUUCCAGAAAGGUUCUUAACUGGUGUGAGAUGCUUGAAACGCAUCCACAGUCCAGGAAUUAAUCCCAGCAGUGGCAGCAAGGAUGAACACAAACCUAGAAAUUCAAGAGCACCUUCAACGGCUGCCUAG